UUCCCGCGGGUCCUUAAAAAGUCUUAAAAGCAUUGAAUUUAUGAAUUUGGAAAUAAUACCUUAAAAAGACUUGAAAAAGUCUUGAAUUUUGAUACCUGGGUCUUAAAUUUGUGCAGUAUGUAACUUCUCCGUAUAUCGCAUUCUUUUAAAAAGUUUAAUUUGUCAACCACUAUUACUUUGAUUAAAUAACAGCCUAAAUAAAGAGUGGCGGAACCAAUAAUUGAGAACGAACGCUGCCCCGGGUCGGAAGACGUCACUUUGCUACAGCAUCAUAGCAGCACAGACCAGAGAUAGACAGACCAAGAUACAUUCUGUGGUUAUGGGGAAAUGCAAAUUUAAUGAAGCGUGGCGAGACAAACGAGCAUUUCACUGGGUAAAACCUGUGGAAAACAACGUAUUCGAAGCUUUUUGCACAGUAUGCAAAAAAAAAAUCCAGCUUGGUACCAUGGGCGUGAAGGCUCUAGAGUCUCAUGCUAAAUCAGCCAAGCACAUCAGUUCCAUGAAGGUGAAGGAUCAAACUCCCUCCGUCGCCGGGGUGUUUCAGCCUGCUAAUGUUAGCCAGCUAGCUGAUAAUGUGUCUGAAGUAGCAGGUAACGUGAACCAGCCAGCUGCUAACGUUACUGCUACAGCCCUUCCAGCUACUAGCGCAACGCCCGUUAGUGUGGAUCUGCGCACAGCCUUUGGGUCCACACCAACAAUGAAAGCAGAGGUGUUGUGGACUCUCAACACAGUCGCCAAACAUCAGUCCUACAAUUCAAAUGAGAACGUUUCCGAUCUUUUCAAAUUUAUGUUCCCGGAUUCAGACAUAGCUACCACUUUCACGUGUGGUCCUGACAAAACGGCGUACAUAGCCAAAUUCGGUUUAGCGGUGUUCAUCAAAGAGGAACUGGUGUCCAAAGUCAACAAAUCGCCGUUCGUUCUGAUGUUCGAUGAGAGCCUCAACGAGACUACAAAAAAUAAACAGCUGGAUGUGCAUGUCCGCUUCUGGGACGAGGGACAGGUUCAGUCCAGAUAUUUGGGCUCCCGGUUUAUGGGACAUUCCACUGCACAAGACCUGCUGUCACAUCUCAAAGAAUGUAUGGACAAACUGAACCUCAAGGACUUGGUGUCCAUUUCAAUGGAUGGGCCCAGUGUUAACUGGAAACUGUUCGAACUUUUCCAGAAAGAUCAAGCUGAGCAGUACGGAGGUCUUCAGCUCAUUUGUGUGGGGAGCUGUGGCCUACACACGCUACACAAUGCUUUCAAGUGUGGGUUCACUGCAUGGCUGCUGGACAAGUUGCUGAGAGCAAUGCACACAUUGUUUAACAAUGUGCCUGCCAGGAGAGAGGAUUACGUCACUAAAACCUUCCGGUUGUGGAGAGAGCCCUGGUAG